GGUCCUGCAAUGAGAACAAAAAAGCUUGCCAAGAUGGCGGUGGCACUAAAAAUGUGUGCCCUCCUACAUAAAUCAGGUGAACUGGACGAGAAUCUGGUUCCUGUGGGGAAAGAGAUGUUUCUCUAUGAAGAAGAAGAAGAAUGGGCUGACGAGGAGGAUUUAACAGGGCUGGCCAGACCUGGCACCACAAAAAGGAAGCAGUACUAUGUUAAGAAGGUUGCAGAUGCUGUUGUCCAGAGUCUGCCGAAACCAGGGGAACCCUGCUAUCUUUAUUUGAUUAAUCUACAACUGACAGGACCAAUAACUGAUGAACAGAACACCAGAGGCAGAGUUAUCUAUGCUCCAGAGGAUACCAUGCAGAGGCUGGGCAUUCUUUUAUCUAAGCCAAUCCCUCAGGUUCCUAACUUCCCUGUGUACACAAGGUCAGGAGAGGUCACAGUAUCUAUAGAUUUGUAUCAGAAUAAUCUCAUUUUGUCUGAGGAGGAGGUGUCCAGGCUGCUGAUGUUCCAUCAUUUUGUAUUCUCCGGAGUUCUCCAUUUGGAAAAAGACCCAAUGGAAUUUGAUCCUCAGAAAGCUGAAUGUGGCCUGAUCAUUGUCCCAUUAUAUGGGAAAGGAAAGCUAGAAAUAGAGUGGACUUUUGUGGACAAAGUGAUCCAUUUCAUGAAGAUGAAGAAGCAUGCUGGCUUCAGCAGGAAAAACCCAGAGAAGCCAUUUGUGUUUUGUGUUGAUGAGUUUAAGGAUGCUGUUGUCAUGCCUUCAUACCGCAAUAUUGACCAGCCUCAGCAUUUCUACGUAGCAGAGAUUCUUCAUGAUUUGAACCCUCUGAGUCCGUUCCCUUCGCCUGAGCUCUACAAAACAUUCCAGGAUUAUUACACCAUGAAGUAUGGGCUUGUGAUUACCAACACAGAGCAGCCCCUGCUAGACGUUGAUCACACUUCAGCCAGGCUGAAUCUCCUUACACCAAGGUACAUGAACCAGAAGGGUGUACCCUUGCCAACCAGCAGUGCAGAGACCAAAAGAGCCCGGCGGGAAAACCUUCAGCAGAAACAGAUCCUUGUACCUGAGCUGUGCGAUAUACAUGUAUUUCCUGCAUCCUUAUGGCGCAAGGCUGUCUGUCUGCCAGCAGUCUUAUAUCGUGUUAACAACCUGCUUCUUGCUGAAGAACUGCGCUGUAAAAUAUCAAGGGAAACAGGAAUUGGUGUUGAGAAACUGCCUAAGGGCUUUAGUUUUCCUAAAUUAGACUUUGGGUUUGAAACUAGUCCAGAAAAAUUAAAAGAAGCAGAGUUGAUUAGUGUGAAGCAGUGUGACCAAUCCUCACCACCUGAUGUCUCAAAUGACAGUUUUCACAAAUCUGAGCACGUUACUUAUCCUAAACUGGACUUUGGAUUUGAGACUAGUCCAGAAAAAUUGAAAGAAGCAGAGUUAGUUAGUUGCAAAAAAUCUGACCGAGCCUUAUCACCUGAUGUCAGGAACGACAGCUUUGAAAAAUCUAAAGAUGUUAGACUUUCUACAUUAGAUGUUGCAUUGGAGACUAGUCAAGAAACCAUAAAAGAAGCAGAAUUAAUUAGUAGCCAUAAGUCUCAUCAAUCCUCAUUAUCUGAUGUCAGAAAAAAAAGUUGUGAACAGCCUGAAAGUGUGUGCCAUACUGAGGGAGCAAGUAUGUUCCCAGCAGCAGAUGUGUUGCAAAAUCUCAAGCAUGAACAGCAGGAGGGGAUCUCUUCUUUGAAACAAGAUAAACCAGAAACAGUUUAUGUAGAAAUUAAGCCAACAGCCAGUGGAGUUUUUACUUCUGAUGAAAAAGCAGACUCAACUUCUUCAUCUGAUAGUGACUCUGGCAUUGCAUCUUCAGGUUCGGAUACCAACAUCAGAGCUUCUAAAAACACAACAACUAGAGGCUCUCCAGACUUGUCAGAAGCUGUCCCCUGUGAGUCAAGGACCAGGAGCGGCUUAACAAAAUUGGAUACUAAGGUCUCACAGUGUCCCAAUAUUCCAUCAUUUGACUCCGGUGAUUCUAACCAGACCCAGCCAUGCUCAAGCAGUAACCAUAUAUGCAAUAUUACAUCUCAAGGUAGCUCCAUUUCCAGCACUUGUGGAAAUGGUUUUAAUCAAUGCAAUAUUAUUUAUACAAAUGAGACGGCCAAGCCUCUCUGUAAUUCUUAUUUGAAUGGGCAGCCAGAUGGCGAAAGCAGCACCACAUCUACCUCCUCUGUGAUAAACUCUGAGCAUUGUAUUGUUGCCACCACUUCUACAUCCUUAUCAUCAUCCUCAUCUGGAAUAUCAUGCAGUUCUGUUUCAUCAGCAUGGAAAUCAAAUAUCUAUGACAAGAAUAUUUCGGAGGAAAACACUUUUACUAAUGAAAGUAUUAUUUCUACUGCUGCUGAUGCAUAUGUGAGCACCCGUUUUUCUAUUGUCAGGAAUGCACUGAUUGCAAUUGGUGAUCUUCCUGGUGCUACAACCAAUGCAGCAGUCUCGAGGCCUUGUUCCACCUCCCCUUCAACUCAGCCAUCAGCCUCAACCACAUGUUUGCAUGCAUCUGUUCCAUUGAAAACAUGUUCAUUGUCAGAUUCUGGUACAGUAUCACAAAGUGCUGCCAGUAUUGAAAUUGAAGGAACAGGAGGGGCAGACAUACAGUGUGGACAGCCAUCCAUAUCACCUUCUAUGAAAAGAUCAUUUGUAUCAAAACUUGUGCCAGAACUGAAAGUAGCUGAUGACUGUGUGAGCAGCUGUGUACCCAAGCCAACGUCUCCAUCAGCAGCAUCAACUGAAGCUCGACAUCAGGAAAUAGUCAAUGAAAACUGCAGCAACUCCAUGACUGAGCUUCAUAAUACUAAAGGUUGUGAUUUUUUAACAAGUCUUGACACAUCCCCUGCCUUACUUCAAGAACUACACCUGAAGAACGCUCAUGAAACAAAUAUCUGUGAUACUUGUGGAAUACAUGAUUCCACUUGCAAGCAAGAUAACAUUGCUUCGAUUCUCAACCACCUAUGUGUUCACAACACAUCUGCUCACAAAAUGACAGAUACUGGCGCUGCCAGCAGGCAGACACAUUGUUUGAUCUCAUGUCAGUGCUCUGUUCACACAACCAGCAACACAAACUUCAGCCCUGAAGAUCAGUUAAAGACAGAAGAACAGGCUGUAGAAAAACAAUUCUGCACAGUAGUUAAUGAUCGUGAACAUCAUAAAAACCCUAGAGUUACUCCAAACGGGAUAAAUCUCACACAUCAUAUCAAAUCAGAACCAGCACGGCCAGUACCAUCUCCAUCUGAGAAAGGGGGCGGUGUUAAUUCAUCGAUUAUUAUGAACACACUCGGCCAAGAGUUGAUUGGCUUAGAUAUAGAUCUCAUCAUUCCCCAGGCAGACACUUCUGAAACAUUCCAUUUGUCUGAACAUGAUGAAUGGGGUACAAAAUGUAGUCGCAAAGAACAUCUGCAGAAUGACAUUGGCUCGUGGGAAAGCAGUUGUGAAAGUAAUGUCCGAGAUUUUGUCGGCAGUGAGAUGUUCUCUAAAUGCCCUGAGAAUGAUUAUGCAUCAGAAUCAAAACAAAGUACAACAGAAGAAUCUGAGACACUGUAUCCUCCUGACUCCUGUAGCAAGACAGAUGAUGAUAUAAUAAAAUUCUCAUUUGCCACAGACACUUUAGAAAAUGGGAACACCAAGAAGGAUUUCAAUGUUGAAACCUGGAUGUCUGAGACAAAAGACACAUGCAAACAGACAAAUGUAGAAGCACAAAUGAAUGUGGAUGAAGAAAAUAGUGCACCAUCUUUGUCUUCAUCUGUAGACAGUACUCCAAAGACUGAUCAUUUAUCCGACAUGCAUGCAGCAGAAUGCAAUUAUGCUGAAUUUGAAAUUGGUGUAUGGAGCAGACAAAAUCGGCAACUACAAGACAGAUGUCGUUUAGAGAACACAGUUUUCCUUCAAGGCCAGUCAUCGCAGAAUGUUAACGUAGGAUCAUCUUCACAGUCAGCUGACGGACUAGAGCAGAACGUUAGUUUAGAUGCGGACAGAGAUCUGGAAACCUUCCUCGGCCCCAGCCCAUGUCUCAUCAUGCAAGCACUCACCAUGUCUAACUCAAAUGAUUUUUUUAGUCUUGAGAGACUGGAGACCAUCGGAGACUCCUUCCUGAAGUAUGCCAUAACAGUGUAUCUGUACUGUUGCUACCCAGGAAUACAUGAGGGCAAGCUGAGCUAUCUCCGCAGUAAACAGGUAAGCAACUAUAAUCUUUACCGUUUGGGCCGUCGCAAAUGCCUGGCUGAAAGUAUGGUGUCCACUAAGUUUGAGCCUUAUGAAAAUUGGCUGCCACCAGGGUAUGUCAUCAAUGAGGAUCGCAGACGUGGACCAGUUCCUAAAGUGGUUAUUGUGACACCUGGGUCUAAAGUCACAAGUGCAUCCCGAAAUUUCUAUUUAGAUGAGUCUGCUGAUGCAGCCAGGCGGGAUGAAGCUGUUCUGUUCAACAAGGAGCUAGAGUGGAUUCAGAAAAGUCAAGAAGCAGACCAGCUGGAUGAUCUGGAGGAGCCCGGUCGAUUAUCUUUGGUGCCAUACAGCCUGCAGCGCCACCAUGGACUGCCAGACAAGAGUGUUGCUGACUGUGUGGAAGCCCUUAUUGGAUGCUAUUUGACUACAUGUGGAAGAAAAGCUGCCCUCAUGUUUAUGUCCUGGCUUGGUUUGAAGGUCUUGCCUAAGAAAGAUAGAGAACCCAUUGAGGAUUUGUGCACUGAACCCUGCACAGACAGAGGCAGUUCAUGGAAGGUUUCAGAGCAGGAGUUUGAUGAGCUUCAGUGUCCUCCUUCUCCAAUGUUCUCCCCAACUCCGCAGAACAUAGCCCAGCUGGAACACCUGCUGGAGGGCUUUGAUGCUUUAGAAGAAAAGAUCAACUACAAGUUCAGGGACAGAUCCUAUCUUCUGCAGGCUUUCACUCAUGCUUCUUACCACUACAACACCAUCACAGACUGCUAUCAGCGAAUUGAGUUCCUGGGAGAUGCUAUUCUUGACUAUGUGAUCACAAGACACUUGUAUGAGGACUCCAAGAAAUACUCGCCCGGCAUAUUGACUGACCUGAGGUCAGCGCUGGUCAACAACAACAUUUUUGCUGCUCUGGCUGUCAAGUGGGGCUUUCAUAGAUACUUCAAGGCCAUCUCUCCAUCGUUGUUCCAAGUAAUUGACAAAUUUGUGAAGAGGCAGAAAGAGAAAAACCAAGAUGACAUUGAUAUCGAUGAGGAGUAUCGUGAGCUGUCCUUGGAAGAGCCUGAGCCAGAAGAUGCUAACGAGGAAGAUGAUGAUGAUGAAGAAGUGGAGAUGGAAAUCCCUAAAGCUUUAGGAGACAUCUUUGAAUCUGUAGCCGGGGCUAUAUAUUUGGAUAGCGGCAUGUCUCUGGAUACUGUCUGGAAGGUCUACUAUCGGAUGAUGAAACCUCAUAUAGAUAAAUAUUUAAAGAGUAUACCAAAGUCACCAGUCAGAGAGUUGUUGGAAACAGAACCAGAAACAGCCAAGUUUGAGCGACCAGAAAGGACAAUGAAUGGCAAAGUCCGAGUCACCGUUAAUGUGGUUGGGAAAGGUGUUUUCAGUGGUGUAGGCCGCAACUACCGCAUUGCCAAGAGUGCUGCCGCCAAGAAAGCUCUUCGCUCCAUUCGCCUGUUGAAUCAGAAUUUGGUGGCCUAG